UCUGUGCCUGGGUACUGUAGGUACCAGUUCUUCCUGCAGGUAAAGCAAGAUGUACUACAGGGCAGAAUCCCCUGUCCCCUCGAUAUCAGCGCACAGCUGGCAGCCCUUGCCAUACAGUGUGAGUACCCACAAAGAGAGAGAGAAAUAGAGAGAAAAAUUGUGAAUGAAUAGAGAUUAAAUAAUUAUAUUAUGUGAUGUCACUGUUCCUAGUAUUAUAUGAUCUCUCACACAGUCAAAAUGUGUGUGUGUUCAUGUGUGCAUACGCUCAUAUGUCUUUCACGUUUUCUCUCCAGCUGAACUUGGCGACUACGACCCGUACAAACAUGUGUCGGGCUACGUGUCAGAGUACCGUUUCGUCCCGGACCAGAAAGAGGAACUGGAAGAUGCCAUCGAGACGAUUCACAAAACCGUAACGUAAGGAAGCCCUCUCCUCUCAUCUCCUCUCUUCUCCUCUCCUCUUCCUCUCCCCCUCUCCUUCUCCCUUCUCCUCUUUUCUCCUUUCCUCCUCCUCUCCCCCUCCUCCUUCUCCACUCUCCUCUCCUCACUGCUCUGACAGCCAGCCCAAUCCCUAAUCCCAGUCUAAUCCCCUCAUAACAGAUUACAGACUAUGCGUGUGAAAGGGUCAGAUAUCAUCUGUUUGUUACUGUGACUGUGCUGUUCCAGUGGCUGGGUUAUGCAGUCAGUCUCUGGUGGUGUAUUAUUGCUACCUUACUUAAUGCAAAGUCUGUCUCAUAAGGGAUUGGACAAUCUACAGUAUCUGAUCUAAUCAUUUCUCAGAAAGCAAGGGAAUCGUGUAACUCUGUUGUGAUUUUGAACUCGGUGAGAUAUAACAGAGACUACUUUAUCUGUAACUGUUUGCUAGUACUGCCACUGUAAUACUGAACCCAAGUCGAGUCCUUCAUUUAUCUGUUCUGAAGGGUUUUGUUUGCUCUCAAAGACUGUUGACAUAGACAUACUGUUAUCUAUGUUAUAUAUUUACCAUUUAUUUGCUAUGGGACAUGAGACGAGAGACAUCACGGAAUUUCUCCACUUCUCUUCUACUAUCGCUCAACAGGAUUGACGAAUUUCAUCUUAAAUCAGCCAUAAAUCCCAAUGUGACAGCAUGAAUGGAAGCUUGUUGUGUGCAGCAGGGAGGGGCAAUUGAACGCAAGCCUGUCUUAUCUGUAACAGGGUUGACGUGUGAUGCUUGACUCGCUCAGUUUUUCACAACAAAGCACCAGAGAAUGGCUAAAAAGAGUAGAACCUGCUUGUACACUAUGAUUUUACUAUUAUAUGUUCAAAGUUUCUUUUGAAACAAAUAUUUAAAAAGGAAUAGUUUCACCAUAUUAAAACGAGAGUUCAGUUCACGCAGCAGGGCUGACCUUAAAAUGAGGGACAUUCUUUUUUUCUUUUUUUUUUACUGAAUCUCUAAUCAAAUGAAAUAAAUAAUAAUCUACAGAAAUGGCUUUGUCAAAGCAACAAAAUAACUUUACAAUGAUGGUGAAAAGUUGGAGGAAUUUGGGGGUUAAGUGGGUAAAAAUAUUCCUAGAAGUCACAGAGGGUGCACAAAGGGACAUGCCAAAAGGCAGAAUGUUGGCACUUUAGCAAGUCUUUAUUCAUAUAAAAAAUCUGAUUUAUAGAAUUUUACAUGUGGUCUAUAUUAAAGGGCACUUCAUUUAAUAUAACAGGAAAUUAAAAUCCAAUAUUGGUGCACAAUUUCUACUUAAAAUAUUAGAGAUAAAUAUAAGAGGUAGUGAAAAUGGCCUCAUUUUGUGGAAUGACCCUGUGUGUGUGUGUGUGUGUGUGUGUGUGUGUGUGUGUGUGUGUGUGUGUGUGUGUGUGUGUGUGUGUGUGCAUGCGUGUGUGUGCAUGUGUGUGCGAGCGUGAGGUGUGUUUCACUACCUCUCCUACUGAAGGUUAUAGGGAUGACAGAUAGAGCUGUGACAGAGAAGAAAAUACCAGAGGCCUGAUGAUAAGAGGUAGAGAGACCGCCACCCCCAUAUUAGUAUUAGGUCAGAUUACACCAUGCUGCCAGGACCCCAACCCUAUUGGUGAGGAUUAUGGAUUACAGUUGUGAUGACUGGUCUGCCCUCAUGAACACGGUCCUCAUUGUGUGAGAGCAGGCAAUAGUGUGAAUUACAUGGUAAUAUAAAUCAGACAGACACAUACAGACAGACACAUACAGACAGACAUAUAGCUCUGUUCAGAUCCUUGAGAGAUUGGAUUGAAAAGAAAUAAAUAUCCAUUUGAUUAGUUAUUUUGAUCAUCUCAUAUUAAAAUGUAAUGAUAUGAAUCAGGUCAGUUCAGUGAAGCCAUCUUUAUAGAAUGAAUUAGUAUACAAUGGAGACUAAACCCAUUUUGACAGUGUGAAAGUGUUAUACUGUACAUUUGAAAUAUGAGGAAUUUGACCAUAGCACACAAAGGUUAUCAUCCAUCCAUUCUCUGUUGUUGUUUGUGUAUUCCAAACAGUGGCAUGGUCCAUGGUAUUGUGACAGUGAACUGAGUGAAGUGAUUACAGUGAGGGAAAAAAGUAUUGGGUAUUCCAGCAUGACAAUGACCCACAACACAAGGUCAAGGCAACAAAGGAGUGGCUCAAGAAGAAGCACAUUAAGGUCCUGGAGUGGCCUAGCCAGUCUCCAGACCUUAAUCCCAUAGAAAAUCUGUGGAGGGAGCUGAAGGUUCGACUUGCCAAACGUCAGCCUCGAAACCUUAAUGACUUGGAGAAGAUCUGCAAAGAGGAGUGGGACAAAAUCCCUCCUGAGAUGUGUGCAAACCUGGUGGCCAACUACAAGAAACGUCUGACCUCUGUGAUUGCCAACAAUGGUUUUGCCACCAAGUAUUAAGUCAUGUUUUGCAGAGGGGUCAAAUACUUAUUUCCCUCAUUAAAAUGCAAAUCAAUUUAUAACAUUUUUGACAUGCAUUUUUCUGGAUUUUUUUGUUGUUAUUCUGUCUCUCACUGUUCAAAUAAACCUACCAUUAAGAUUAUAGACUGAUCAUUUCUUUGUCAUUGGGCAAACGUACAAAAUCAGCAGGGGAUCAAAUACUUUUUUCCCUCGUGUAGGUCUACAAUCUUGUCCCUGACAUCCUUGGAGAGCUCUUUGGUCUUGGCCAUGGUGGAGAAUUUGGAAUCUGAUUGAUUGAUUGCUUCUGUGGACAGGUGUCUUUUAUACAGGUAACAAGCUCCCUUUAAGAGUGUGCUCCUAAUCUCAGCUCGUUACCUGUAUAAAAGACACCUGGGAGCCAGAAAUCUUUCUGAUUGAGAGGGGGUCAAAUACUUAUUUCCCUCAUUAAAAUGCAAAUCAAUUUAUAAAAAUUUUGACAUGCGUUUUUCUGGAUUUUUUUGUUGUUAUUCUGUCUCUCACAGUUCAAAUAAACCUACCAUUAAAAUUAUAGACUGAUAAUUUCUUUGUCAGUGGGCAAACAUACAAAAUCAGCAGGGGAUCAAAUACUUUUUUCCCUCACUGUAUGUGGUUUAAUCUCAGUGUGAAACACGAGAAACAGCCAGCUCCUCUUCGCUAAUGUCCACUCCAUUACACCAACACAAUCUCCCCAUGCAGCCCCCGGCAGCCUGACAGGCAACCACACACACUCACACACACAUACUAACAAACCAGACCCACCAUACCCUCUGCCACCAGGUCCGGUCCUCUGUCUCUCUGUGGAUAACAACAUUCUCCUCGCAGUCAGACAGUUUAUUAUUCUAUAACAGAAUCCUAUAGGGUUGCUCUUCUGAGAUUGAGACAGUAAUAUCAUACACUCUAAAAAUAAAAGGUUCCUGGAGUAUCCUUUAGGGGUUCUUCAAAUUGAAACUGUGGGGGAACCCCAAUAAGUUCUUUGAAGAACCCUUUUUAAUGGAUCCUCGAAGAACCUUUUGGGGUACAUUUUUUAACUACCCCCCCUCCCCUAUUAUUAUUAUUAAUAUGCAUAACAACAACACAAUAUUUUAGUUGUCAGUGUUUAUUAUGAUUUUAGUGGCAAAGCAGAAUAAAAAAAAAAAAAAUAUGAGGUAAACUCCCAGCAGAGCCCCAAGUCCAAUGGGUAUAUCCUCUGGCGUGUUGAUGUUAAUGUAUUUAAUGAUUUUGCAGUGCAUGGUGAUCGAACAGGUUUCCUGUUAUAACAUCAGAGGUGUAGGGCGGGUGAAGUCUGUGAAUCCAUAAAAUAGUAAUUAUACCGAUGUUUAACAAAACAUUCACACAACAGUAUUUAUACCUUGGUUUUUGUGGUAAAUGUGAAUGGGGAAAAAAACUGUUUUGAUAAUGUUUUUCAUACACGUACCUUGUCCAUAAUGUAGAGGCCUAUGGGAUUUUCAUUGAAGAGGUAAGGGAGGAGGAUGGUACAUGUGAUCUGCAUAACAUACCAAUACCAAUUGACAUACCUUUGUAUGCCUCCUCGUCUGUAUACCUGCAGACACAGACACAAAAGUGAGCAGUUCAGUCAUCUGCACCCAAUACAGCUAGCCUUCAACAUAUUCUUAUAGCCUACAUAUUCUUACCUCUUUGUUGAUUGAUAUCCAUUGAAUUGUGUCCAUUUUCUGUUUUAGAAAGAUUUGCACAAAUAUGAAAAGGUAGAUGGUAUCAUCAUAAAACAAUAUCAAUUUAGAUCAUAUAAAGGACAAACCUUACCUUAACUUGAGGAGUUAAGAAGUGCCUGCACCUGCUGUCCUUUCAAAUUCAAAACCAAAUGUUUCAGUUGGGCAGUUAGGUUCUUGCAAGAACCCCCACCAGCUAAGGAGGUUCCUCGAUGAACCCCACCUCCUAUGGAGUUCUUGGAAGAACCUUUUGAGGGCAAUUUUCAGUGCCAAGAACCCUACGGUUCAUAAAAAAACUGAGGAUCUUAGAAGAACCCUUGUUGAACCCCUAAUUUUUAGAGUGUAUACCAUCUAUGUAUUACAGUACCUCUUCAGUGUCAACCCCAUAAGUCCUGAAGGGUGUUAGUCUAUGAUCAUACAUCCCCUUAAUGCUGCUGAGAAGACAUUACGCACAGUAAGAAGUGAAAAGGGUCCAGGCAGCUAUCAAUGAUUAAGAGACUUUGAGCAUCAUUGGGCUCUUAGCUCCUCUAGCAGCUCUUCUCUCUCUCUCUCGCUCGCUCGCUCGCUACUGUGACUGACUGUAAUACUGGAGGGAGUCUCAGCCCUCUGGCCUGCUGAUGAGGCUCAGGCCUCGGUCAUUAUUUACCCAGUGAGCUAAGUGUUCCAUGGAGAGAGGAGAGUGGAGGAGGCUGGGUUGAUUGGAGGUCAGCCACUAGGGGGUUCAUCCAUGCAUCCUCCUUUCCUCCCACUGCUAUCUGACUGACUGAUGGUCAGAGAAAAGCUGGGGUAGGGGGACAAAAGAGAGGAAGAGAGAGAGAAGAGGUGGGAGAAGAAGGAGAUAGACAUAGAGAUAGGUUGUGAUAUGAGAACAGAGGAGUAGCGGGGGGAGGAAGAGAGAGGAAGAUAUAGACAAAGGGAGUGGGACUCAGAGAGAGAGCGAGAGGAGCUAAGAGCCCAAUGAUGCUCAGUGUCUCUUAAUCAUUGAUAGCUGCCUGAACCCUUUUCACUUCUUACUGUGCGUACUGUUGUCUUCUCAGCAGCAUUAAGUGGGGAGAGAGAGAGAGACAUAGAGACGCUGAAAUAUGACAACAAGGAGGGACAGAGGUGAAGCAGAGGGAUGAAAAGUGAGACAGAAGGAGCAGGAGAGAGUGCAGGAGAGUUAUAUGCAGAGAGGCAGAAAUAGAGAGAGGGGGAUAAGAGAACAGAGUGGAGACAGAGAGGAGGCAGAAGGCGGAAGAGCGAGACAGAGGGAGAGGUAGAUGCAGAGAGACAGACGUAGCGGGCUGAGUAUCUGCCCUAGUAGUCUCCAGAGCCUGUGGAUGUCAUCCUCACUGUGAUCUGCUAUAUAGAGUCAGUACCAAGCACCCAACAGCCCACCCCCUGUCAUAUAUCUGCUGCUCUCUGACACUCUUCCACUUCCUAUUCCAGCCUCGUCAUACCGGGCGGUCCCGGUCCCAUUGGUCCCACAGGCAGCAGACAGGCCAGGCGGAGAGACGUAGGGCUAACCACACACACCAACGACACACAUACACACAGGCAGGCAGACCCGUUCCCGCCCGUCUCCCCCCGCCCACCCCAGAGCGUCUGUAAAUAACUCCCCCUUUCCAAGACAUUCGUCACCCGCCGUAUUUAUACCAGCAAUCAUCUCAACCCAGGCCCCGGCCACCUAUAAAGAACAUGUGAACAGAAUCCAUAAUGGACUCGUAAGGAAGCCCGGGGUGACAUUGUGUCUUCAGGGUAGGGAAGGGGAAGAAGUAGAGGGGGAGGAGUUGGAUAGGUGUGAGGAGCUCUAGGGGUCAUGCUUGAACAGGCUGAAUGAGUCUGAGUCUUUGUGUUGCUAAUGUCUGUGAUCAGAAGAUCAAUGAUACGGCUCGAGAGAAGGGAAGGGAGGGGUUGCAUCACUCCAACCUCAAAGGGAGAUUUAGAGCACAGUAUAAUGUGUAGAGUUUACCAAAGCCAGAGCUUACACUGGAGACACACUGCUUAUAGUCCAGAGCUUACACUGCAGACACACUGUUUAUAGUCCAGAGCUUACACUGCAGACACACUGCUUAUAGUCCAGAGCUUACACUGCAGACACACUGCUUAUAGUCCAGAGCUUACACUGCAGACACACUGCUUAUAGUCCAGAGCUUACACUGCAGACAAACUGCUUAUAGUCCAGAGCUUACACUGCAGAUACACUGCUUAUAGUCCAGAGCUUACACUGCAGACACACUGCUUAUAGUCCAGAGCUUACACUGCAGAUACACUGCUUAUAGUCCAGAGCUUACACUGCAGACACACUGCUUAUAGUCCAGAGCUUACACUGCAGACACACUGCUUAUAGUCCAGAGCUUACACUGCAGACACACUGCUUAUAGUCCAGAGCUUACACUGCAGACACACUGCUUAUAGUCCAGAGCUUACACUGCAGACACACUGCUUAUAGUCCAGAGCUUACUGCAGACACACUGCUUAUAGUCCAGAGCUUACACUGCAGACACACUGCUUAUAGUCCAGAGCUUACACUGCAGACACACUGCUUAUAGUCCAGAGCUUACACUGCAGACACACUGCUUAUAGUCCAGAGCUUACACUGCAGACACACUGCUUAUAGUCCAGAGCUUACACUGCAGACACACUGCUUAUAGUCCAGACACACUGCUUAUAGUCCAGAGCUUACACUGCAGACACACUGCUUAUAGUCCAGAGCUUACACUGCAGACACACUGCUUAUAGUCCAGAGCUUACACUGCAGACACACUGCUUAUAGUCCAGAGCUUACACUGUGGGCUUCAUGAUACAUACACUAACACCUUAUUGACCUAGGUAUUCUAUCACCCCUCAUCCACAUUCAUAGAUAUUUUCACCAUAUUGUAGACUUAGUAGGCUGUUGGGACACGUUUCACCCUCAAUAAACAUACCGUAAAAGCACAGGGAGUUGCUCCAUAGCUGUGGUUUUUAAAAAUGACCCUUUCUCUAUGAGAUUGUAGUUAAUCAGUAAUAGAAGAUACGUAACCCAGACCACAACUUAGUUGAACAUUAUCUCACAUGGAAUUUCAGGAACGUAGAAAAACCAUUACUGAUUAGAUGAGGAGGGGGGAAAGUAUGUUAUGUUACGUUUUUGAAAAGUGUAACUUCUAUUAGUUCCUUUGAGUUUAUUUUAUUGUCGUCUCGUGGGACCAGACAAGUCUGUCUCUGAAUAUUAAGUCUGGCACGUAAGAUUACCUGUAUUAUAUAUACACUGCUCAAAAAAAUAAAGGGAACACUUAAACAACACAUCCUAGAUCUGAAUGAAUGAAAUAAUCUUAUUAAAUACUUUUUUCUUUACAUAGUUGAAUGUGCUGACAACAAAAUCACACAAAAAUUAUCAAUGGAAAUCAAAUUUUAUCAACCCAUGGAGGUCUGGAUUUGGAGUCACCCUCAAAAUUAAAGUGGAAAGCCACACUACAGGCUGAUCCAACUUUGAUGUAAUGUCCUUAAAACAAGUCAAAAUGAGGCUCAGUAGUGUGCGUGGCCUCCACGUGCCUGUAUGAUCUCCCUACAACGCCUGAGCAUGCUCCUGAUGAGGUGGCGGAUGGUCUCCUGAGGGAUCUCAUCCCAGACCUGGACUAAAGCAUCCGCCAACUCCUGGACAGUCUGUGGUGCAACGUGGCGUUGGUGGAUGGAGCGAGACAUGAUGUCCCAGAUGUGCUUAAUUGGAUUCAGGUCUGGGGAACGGGCGGGCCAGUCCAUAGCAUCAAUGCCUUCCUCUUGCAGGAACUGCUGACACACUCCAGCCACAUGAGGUCUAGCAUUGUCUUGCAUUAGGAGGAACCCAGGGCCAACCGCACCAGCAAAUGGUCUCACAAGGGGUCUGAGGAUCUCAUCUCGGUACCUAAUGGCAGUCAGGCUACCUCUGGCGAGCACAUGGAGGGCUGUGCGGCCCCCCAAAGAAAUGCCACCCCACACCAUGACUGACCCACCGCCAAACUGGUCAUGCUGGAGGAUGUUGCAGGCAGCAGAACGUUCUCCAAGGCGUCUCCAGACUCUGUCACGUCUGUCACAUGUGCUCAGUGUGAACCUGCUUUCAUCUGUGAAGAGCACAGGGCGCCAGUGGCAAAUUUGCCAAUCUUGGUGUUCUCUGGCAAAUGCCAAACGUCCUGCACGGUGUUGGGCUGUAAGCACAACCCCCACCUGUGGACGUCGGGCCCUCAUACCACCCUCAUGGAGUCUGUUUCUGACCGUUUGAGCAGACACAUGCACAUUUGUGGCCUGCUGGAGGUCAUUUUGCAGGGCUCUGGCAGUGCUCCUCCUGCUCCUCCUUGCACAAAGGCGGAGGUAGCGGUCCUGCUGUUGGGUUGUUGCCCUCCUACGGCCUCCUCCACGUCUCCUGAUGUACUGGCCUGUCUCCUGGUAGCGCCUCCAUGCUCUGGAUACUACGCUGACAGACACAGCAAACCUUCUUGCCACAGCUCGCAUUGAUGUGCCAUCCUGGAUGAGCUGCACUGCCUGAGCCACUUGUGUGGGUUGUAGACUCCGUCUCACGCUACCACUACAGUGAAAGCACCGCCAGCAUUCAAAAGUGACCAAAACAUCAGCCAGGAAGCAUAGGAACUGAGAAGUGGUCUGUGGUCACCACCUGCAGAACCACUUCUUUAUUGGGGGUGUCUUGCUAAUUGCCUAUAAUUUCCACCUGUUGUCUAUUCCAUUUGCACAACAGCAUGUGAAAUGUAUUGUCAAUCAGUGUUGCUUCCUAAGUGGACAGUUUGAUUUCACAGAAGUGUGAUUGACUUUGACUUACAUUGUGUUGUUUAAGUGUUCCCUUUAUUUUUUUGAGCAGUGUAUAUAUAUAUAUAUAUAUAUAUAUACACUGAGUGUACAAAACAUUAGGAACACCUUCAUAAUAUUGAGUUGCACCCUCUUUUGCCCUCAGAACUGCCUCGAUUCAUUGGGGUCUAUAAGGUGUCAAAAGCAUUCUACAAGGAUGCUGGCCCAUGUUGACUCCAAUACUGCCCAUAGUUGUGUCAGAUUGUCUGGAUGUCCUUUGGGUGGUGGACCAUUCUUGAUACACACGGGAAACUGUUGAGCGUGAAAAACCCAGCACCGUUGCAGUUCUUGACACACUCAAACCGGUGCGCCUGGCACCUACUACCAUACCCCGUUCAAAGGCACUUAAAGCAUUCCAGGUGAAGCUUGUUGAGAGAAUGCCAAGAGUGUGCAAAGCUGUCAUCAAGGCAAAGGGUGGCUACUUUGAAGAAUCUAAAAAAUAAAAUAUAUUUUGAUUUGUUUAACACUUUUUUGGUUACUACAUGAUUCCAUAUGUGUUAUUUCAUAGUUUUGAUCAUCACUAUUGUUCUACAAUGUAGAAAAUAGUACAAAUAAAGAAAAACACUGGAAUGAGUAGUGUGUCCAAACUUUUGACUGGUACUGUAUAUUCUGUGGCCUUUUCUAUGGACUUUAAAGCCUUUCCUGAUGCUUCACUAACAAGAUAACAUCUCUGUGUUUCAGGGGUCAGGUUCCCUCAGAGGCUGAAGCCAAUUAUUUAGGAAUAGCCAAAACACUGGAUAUGUAUGGAGUCGACCUUCACCCUGUGUUCGUAAGUAGAAGCUGGACUCGCUGACUGUGGAGAAGAAUGAGAUACUUGUUAGAGCUGUAUUCUGUGGUUUAUCACAAUCACCUUACCUUGAUCUUGUUCCUUACUAUUUCACUUGUCUCUCAUGGCAACCAUUUGGUUCUGGGUGCUGAGAUGACUAUUUUCCUUUUUUCUUUGACACACACUUUAGUAUCCUUACUGUGUGUUAUUUCUGGUUGCCAUUUAUUAUGUAAAUUCUGUUUGGUAUAAUACCUGUUAUUGUGGUGUUUUGCAGGGAGAGAAUCAGGCUGAAUACUUCCUGGGGCUGACACCUAUUGGAGUUGUUCUUUACAAAAACAAAACACAAGUUGGGAAGUAUUUCUGGUAGGUAUUGUUUUCGUAGUCAGACUAAAUAAUGAUAGUUUGACCUAUAACUCCUGCUUCAUGUUUAUUUGAUACCUUGUGGCAGUAUUUCAUGAGAAUCAUCCACUUUAAUUUGCUAUCACAACAUUGAUUACAAUACACAAUCUAAAAAGAAAAGGUUCCUGGAGUAUCCUUUAGGGGUUCUUCAAAUUGAAACUGUGGGGGAAACCCUAUAAAUUAUUUGAAGAACCCUUUUUAAUGGAUCCUCAAAUAACCUUUUGGGGUUAAUUUUUUACACAUAGCUUGUCCAUAAUGUAGAGGCCUAUGGGAUUUUCAUUGAAGAGGUAAGGGAGGAGGAUGGUACAUGUGAUCUGCAUAACAUACCAAUACCAAUUGACAUACCUUUGUAUGCCUACUUGUCUGUAUACAUGCAGAUACAGACACAAAAGUGAGCAGUUCAGUCAUCUGCACCCAAUCCAGCUAGCCUUCCACAUUAUGUUAUAGCAUACAUAUUCUUACAUCUUUGUUGAUUGAUAUCCAUUGAAUUGUGUCCAUUUUCUGUUUUAGAAAGAUUUGCACAAAUAUCAAAAGAUAGAUGGUAUCAUCAUAAAACAAUACCAAUUUAGAUCAUAUAUAGUGGGGGAAAAAAGUAUUUAGUCAGCCACCAAUUGUGCAAGUUCUCCCACUUAAAAAGAUGAGAGAGGCCUGUAAUUUUCAUCAUAAGUACACGUCAACUAUGACAGACAAAUUGAGAAUUUUUUUCUCCAGAAAAUCACAUUAUAGGAUUUUUAAUGAAUUUAUUUGCAAAUUAUGGUGGAAAAUAAGUAUUUGGUCACCUACAAACAAGCAAGAUUUCUGGCUCUCACAGACCUGUAACUUCUUCUUUAAGAGGCUCCUCUGUCCUCCACUCGUUACCUGUAUUAAUGGCACCUGUUUGAACUUGUUAUCAGUAUAAAAGACACCUGUCCACAACCUCAAACAGUCACACUCCAAACUCCACUAUGGCCAAGACCAAAGAGCUGUCAAAGGACACCAGAAACAAAAUUGUAGACCUGCACCAGGCUGGGAAGACUGAAUCUGCAAUAGGUAAGCAGCUUGGUUUGAAGAAAUCAACUGUGGGAGCAAUUAUUAGGAAAUGGAAGACAUACAAGACCACUGAUAAUCUCCCUCGAUCUGGGGCUCCACGCAAGAUCUCACCCCGUGGGGUCAAAAUGAUCACAAGAACGUUGAGCAAAAAUCCCAGAACCACACGGGGGGACCUAGUGAAUGACCUGCAGAGAGCUGGGACUAAAGUAACAAAGCCUACCAUCAGUAACACACUACACUGCCAGGGACUCAAAUCCUGCAGUGCCAGACGUGACCCCCUGCUUAAGCCAGUACAUGUCCAGGCCCGUCUGAAGUUUGCUAGAGUGCAUUUGGAUGAUCCAGAAGAGGAUUGGGAGAAUGUCAUAUGGUCAGAUGAAACCAAAAUAUAACUUUUUGGUAAAAACUCAACUCGUUGUGUUUGGAGGACAAAGAAUGCUGAGUUGCAUCCAAAGAACACCAUACCUACUGUGAAGCAUGGGGGUGGAAACAUCAUGCUUUGGGGCUGUUUUUCUGCAAAGGGACCAGGACGACUGAUCCGUGUAAAGGAAAGAAUGAAUGGGGCCAUGUAUCGUGAGAUUUUGAGUGAAAACCUCCUUCCAUCAGCAAGGGCAUUGAAGAUGAAACGUGGCUGGGUCUUUCAGCAUGACAAUGAUCCCAAACACACCGCCCGGGCAACGAAGGAGUGGCUUCGUAAGAAGCAUUUCAAGGUCCUGGAGUGGCCUAGCCAGUCUCCAGAUCUCAACCCCAUAGAAAAUCUUUGGAGGGAGUUGAAAGUCCGUGUUGCCCAGCGACAGCCCCAAAACAUCACUGCUCUAGAGGAGAUCUGCAUGGAGGAAUGGGCCAAAAUACCAGCAACAGUGUGUGAAAACCUUGUGAAGACUUACAGAAAACGUUUGACCUGUGUCAUUGCCAACAAAGGGUAUAUAACAAAGUAUUGAGAAACUUUUGUUAUUGACCAAAUACUUAUUUUCCACCAUAAUUUGCAAAUAAAUUCAUAAAAAAUCCUACAAUGUGAUUUUCUGGAUUUUUUUUCCUCAUUUUGUCUGUCAUAGUUGACGUGUACCUAUGAUGAAAAUUACAAGUGCCUGCACCUGCUGUCCUUUCAAAUGAAAAUCCAAAUGUUUCAGUUGGGCAGUUAGGUUCUUGCAAGAACCCCCACCAACUAAGGAGGUUCCUCUAUGAACCCCACCUCCUAUGGGGUUCUUGAUAGAACCUUUUGGGGGCAAUUUUCAGUGCCAUGGACUCUAAUGUCCUUCAAAGAAUUUUGAAGAUCUUAGAAGAACCCUUGUUGAACCCCUAAUUUGUAGAUAUGCACCUCAUUAUCUGUUUGUUUACAUUUAUCUUUUCAGGCCAAGGAUAACUAAAGUGCAUUUUAAGGAAACACAAUUUGAGCUUCGAGUUGUUGGAAAAGAUGUAAGUUGUCAGUUAUUAUCUUUCAGUAAUUAUCUGCAUAAGGAAUGUUUUGUGAAGUUAUAUACUGUAUUUUUACCUUGGCUUUGUUUGUGAUUCUUCAAGUUAUUUUGGCAUGUUUCAUUAACACAAUAAUGUGAGAUCAUUCACACUAGCUAACUCAUAAUGACUGAAUGAAUCAAAACCAAUUUGUUUGGAUAUCACUGGUGUGGAAGCCUCAUUGUAAAAAAUCAUCCCCAUAUCAGACCUUAUUAUGAGGUAUAAAAUAAAACGGCACAAUAUUCCCAGGAGUAUCUGCAGUUCCACCAUGUGAAACCUUGAAAGAUCAAAUGUGUGUUUGAUCUUGAGACAUUUCGACAUCCUCCUAAUGUUCAAGGAGAGGAAUUAAAGAAACAUGACAGUGCAGGAGUACGUGAUGCUGGUGCAGCCUCGAAUCUCCCAUCUUCACUGAUGUUCACUUCACGGGUGCAAAUGAGAAAAGAUAGACACUUCACACAAACUUAACUUCCUCAAAACACAUCCAGCUUAAUGCUGAACUUUUGGGCUUUUUGGGGAGGAUUUCUUGAUCAUUUUCAAAGUGAUGGAAAAACUGAAGUGGUGGGCCUUACACCUUCAUAUAUCACUGAAGCGGAACCACUUUUCUGAUUGAGAGAUGUUGGGUUAAAUGCGGAAGACACAUUUCAGUUGAAUGCAUUCAGUUGACAACUGACUAGAUAUCCCCUUUUCCCUUUUCUCAUCUCUCUGUUGAGAUAGUUAGACUCGUUGAGACCUGUGAGUCUUGCUGAAUGAUAUGAUUUACUUUAUUCAACCUGAGAGAGUCUCAAUAAGCUGUGAAUAGAGAGGCCGUGGAGCAGAGACCCAUGAUAACCCCAUUAUUGACAAUAUCAAAGCAGCUCAGAACGGAGCUUCAUUUCAAUAAUAUAGAGACCUAUGGGCCUACUGUAGCAACCUCCUCUCUGAGACUAGCUGUAGGGGAGUUUAGAGAGAGAGAGUGUGAAUUGUCCUCUCUCUACAGUCAUAUAUCUAUUUGCCUAAUGACCCAACACAGACAUCCCAUCUAGGUUGAGAGAUUACACACUACCUGUUCAUUUACAUAAACACUUAAAGAGAAAACACAUUUAAUGGUACAUUUGACACGAGGCCUUUCCACCACCACCAAACACCACCACAAUUAUAUUGUUUUCAGAAUUACGGAUGAAAUAAAUGGCCUUUGUUAUGAUAUACUUCGAAAUAUAUCUUAUUGGUUUAGCUGAUGAAUGUGAUUUAUAUUAUUUGUUUGUUUGUUGUUUGUAUAAGAGAUUAUGUUGUUGUUUAUUUGCAGUGUACAGAGACGUCGUUCUUCUUCGAGGCACCCAAUAAGACGGCCUGUAAACAUCUGUGGAAGUGCUGCGUAGAACACCACACUUUCUUCAGGUAAAAAACUACAAAUGCACGCACGCAUUCACACACACACAUACACAAUACACUGUCAUAGGCAAAUACUACAGUAUACUGUACCAACACUACUGUAACUUUUCAGUUAGAAUCUCUACCACCGUACACAGGGAAAACCCCAAACUAUCACUGCUUCAGUGAAAAAUUGUCCCUUUUAUCUACAACACGUUCACCCACACUAAUUCCAACAAAAGCCCUUCUCUGUUACCCCCUCAGGUAGAAACUUAACACUAUCACAUACCUCUUAACAUGAAGAUCCCAGCGUCCCUCUGUCCUUAAUCAAAGUGAACAAGGCCCCUGUCUGGCAGCGCAGCUCAGUGCGUUCCCUGGUGUGUGUGUGUGUGUGUGUGUGUGUGUGUGUGUGUGUGUGUGUGUGUGUGUGUGUGUGUUGGCCUAAUGAGAGCAGACUUACACUGACUGUACCCUAAAGAGCAGGAGAAGCAGCAAGGUGCGCGAGGCUCUGGAUUUACACAGUUUAAUCCGCGUGUGAACCCUGCAGUCUGCUGGGUCCCUGUGUCACAGACAGACAUGGAGCUGACAGGUAGAGAGGAGGGGAGGGGGCUUGACAGGUUAUACCCCCCCCCCCCUGGCUUAUAGGCCUCUGGGAGGGAGAGGGUUGGGGGGGUUGGGUGGUUUGGAUGAGAGAAUGGGAGAGAAUGUGUUAUGCUGUGAUGGGACUAUGGAAUGAAGGUGGGAGAAGUGGGUAUAAUCAAUCGGAUGAAAAUAGGCAGGUAUAUGCUGCAGCUUUAAUGUGAGUGGAUAUGUUAUACAAGCCCUUAUAGACACCUGAAGAAAGAGUGAAAAAAAACAAUGAGAAGAGAGAGGGAAAAUAUAGGUUAAUUUGAGCUUCUGGUUGGGUGUACUAACUACGUCCACCUACCUUCAGUACUUUUCUCCAUCUAUCUUUCCAUCUAAGUGCUUUUCAACAGUGAUUUGAGUUAUCUGAAGUGUUUCUGAGCCCUGUGAGAGAGAGGACUUAGCUCAAUGCUGUAGUGGUGUUAGUGGUGAUGGUUGUGUUAAUAAAACAUGGCUGGGUGAGAGACUACAAGAGGCUUUUAUAAUGGGCUUUUACUUUACUUCUGAACAGUAAUGUACCACUAGUACCACUCACACUCACACUCUCUCAGACUCAGAGCUUUGAAUUUUUAUGAAGCCCAAAAGCUCUUAGUGGUGUUCCAGCAGUCAUUGUGUCAUUAAAGCAAUGAUCAGAACAAGAGACCUGCUUCUUUUUUUCUCUUCCUUUUAAAUUAAUAAAAACUACAAAGUGAAUUCAGAAUUCAAACACGCAUCGCCGGACACCUUUGUGAAAGACGCACAUUUUCCUUUCAGCCUGAGCAUUUAAUCCUCUUUAACAUGGGUUAGUCACAUUCAAAAUUCAUAAAGAAUGUAUUACCUGUGGAAUAAUGUACUGUAGAAAUGUGCACCCCAUAUGAGACUUUAGUGGAAGUAUAGUACUUUUACAUUCUUCAUCUAGGCCUACUCUCCAUUGUUGUUGAAUGCUUUUUCUAGAAUGCCAGAAAAUGAUUCCAACACACUGACAAGAAAACUAUCCAAAUUUGGUUCCCUGGGAUCUAAACAUCGGUACAGGUGAGCAAACCUCUAUUCUUUAUCCCCUUCAAAUGCAGUUAGCUAUGUAUGAAAAGUAUUGUAGGAACUGUAUAGAAUAUUUAGAAUAUAAUGCAUUUCUAUAAUCUGUAAGAUGGAACUCCACACAAAGGUAUACAUUAUACAUAGAAAUAUUAUCAUUUUGGUUGGGAAAGCGUGGUGUAGGUAAAUCCUAGAGAACUUCUCCCAGCAUGUAUUCAUUCUAGAAUCCACAACUUCAUGAAUAAUGGAGACUGUUUUAGUAGAGGAGCUGAAGGGGGAUACAGUGUUCGACAGACAGAGAGACACUGUUUGUGUAUGUGAGCGUAUGUGUGUGCGCGUAUGUGUGUGUGUGUGUCACCACAGAGAAGUGGAAGACCUGAAUAAAUCAGAGAUCACACAACAUCCAUCUCUCCUUUGUCUCCAUUCUGUUGUCUACUUGCUGUAUCUACUCAGAGAAGACUGCCACUCUGUACACCAGUGAUUGUUUUAUUCACCAGUUGCAGUUUUCUUCUGCAAUAUUUAUACAUGAUCUACUACUGACCUCUGCUAGGUUUAGGGUCACUGCAGUCACAACUGUGGCUGUGUUUUCUAUGUUCAUGUUGCUCUUCAACACCUCGUUGUUGCAUCAGACUGUGUAUCACUGUCACUGUGUGCGUAACAAAAGGGUUUGACAUAUGAAAGGUCAAGACCAGAUCAUCUCUGUCUCACAUAAGAACUUGACAGACCAGGAACAUCUGCCCCCUAAAACCCUGAAAAUAUAAAAAGAGUAAACAACUGUGUGUGUGUGUAUGUGUGUGUGUGUCUCUUUCUCUUUCCCUACAGUGGUAAAACAGCUAUGCAGAUGGGCAGGGAUCCGUCUGUCAGUCUGCCUCGGCCAGACCUGCAGGUUGUCAGGACCCGCAGCAAGACCUACCCCAAGAGACCACCACAGACCAAAGGUCAGCUGGAUAUACAGCAUACCUAAAGCAUACAUAACAUCUACAGACACACUACACAACACCUAACAAGCACAAUGUCACUAAGACAUGGGUUACGUAUCAAUGGUAACUAAUGCCAUACAUCAUACAUAGCCACAAAACAUUUCCCCACCUUUCACCUCUACUGACUCCCAGUAGAACCUCUCAGGUUCCUAAUGACAGUUACACUUAUGUCAGGUGUAAAGCAGCUUAGUUGAGUCUCAGUCACAGUAAGUUUAGUAUUCACUUCCUCCUCCUAAUUGAACACAGGGCUUCAAUUAGCUAAUUAUAUUAUAUUAAAUUCACUUCAGCAGUUCACACAGACAGACACACAGUAUGUUGCUAUAAUGCGCUUGACUUAGCAUUGUUGUUUUCACUGUGUGCAGUGGCAGAGUCAUUUCUCUCAGACACAUUCAGUGAUUGAAUUCGCUCUAAUUACAAUUACAGGGCUCGAAAAUAAACAACACUGUGUAUAUUUCAAUAAAUCUGAGCCCUUCAUGGGAAGGCUACCAUGCCACACGUAGUUACGGGCAGAGAUUGUUCUAGUAUUGAAACAAUGGAAAGAGAGAGGCAAAUUGGUUCAGAUUUCAACCUUACAGAACGUCUAUUUUCCUUAUAGGACUGAACAAUGGGAAUCGGUCAAACACAAAGACGGAGAAUUCGGAAAAAGAAGGAACGGCUAAGAUUACAGCACUGUCGCCUGUGAAGAGGUAUCAGACAUGGGCAAGA